UUGACGUUUGUGCGAUGUUUGCAAACAUGAAGUAAUCGUUUAAUUUUAAAUUUUGUGCAUUUUGUGUGUUAGUUUUAAUCAUGGACGAAGAUUCGCCAGAGACGGUUGAAGCUACGGCUUUGGCACCAAAAAAAGAAACAGAAUCGGGGAACUUAAAUAGCACCGAUUCGUCUCUUUCAUUGUCGAUUACACCGCCUAUUUUAGACGAUGAUGGUACAGAGAACAAAGUCAAUUCAGACAGUAUCUCUGAACAUAUUUCCACUGAAAGUAACAGCAUUGAAAAUGAUAGAUCUUUUCAGGAGAUUGAAAUAGAUAAUCAGCCUUUUUUGAAUUUACUGUCUAAUGACGGCGUUCAUUUGUCUCAGGAAACAAAUCCUUUUUCAUUAAAUGACAGUGAACACAGUUUGAAUUUAAAGAAUAGUAGUGGCACUGAAAGAGUGCAAAGCAUAUUAGAUGAAAUUUUAAAUAAUAGCCAGUUUAAUGACUCCAGUUCUGUGACCAAUUCCAAAGAGGAAAGCUUGAAUAUCUUUGCCAAUCUUGAUUUGGACGACAAAAGCUUGACUCUUGGUUACAAACCCACAAAUGAAACCAGUUUAAAUGAAAGAAACUUGUACUUGCCUUUAAAAAGUGAAACAGAUACAUAUGGUGAUGUUUUUAAAAAAAUUAAAGAUUUGGAAGAAAUUGUUGAUAUUAAAGAUACAACAAUUGCAGCUUUGACCAGUGAAUUAGACUCUUAUAGAGAAAUGAGCAAUCCAAAUACUAUGAGCAUGGUUUCUACCACAGAAUAUAAACAACUACAAGAGGAAUGCCAUAAUAAGCUUUUGGAAUACAGUAAUGCUAUUAUUGUUAAAAAUGAUCUAAUACAACAGUUGACUGAAUCUUUGGACCAAUCAGUGGUGGAAAGAAAACUGUUGCUGAGCCAGAUUGAAAAUUUUAAAGAUGAAAUUGCUCAAUUACAAAUACAACUUCAAGAAACCACAGAAAUGGUCAAAAACCAUUCUUGUGACAUUAAGACUGAAUCAAAAGAAUCUAGUCCAAAGCUUGCUCAAGAAUUAGUUACUUCAGUAUUACCAGUAGAUAUAGAUUAUUUAAACAUUGAAAGCAAAUUAAAUGUAGAACAGUUAGAGUUGUUUAAUGUUAUUAAGAAUAAAGUUGAUCAGUAUGUUAUUGAGAAAGUUACUGAAAAGAAAAAGGUGUAUGAACAGGAAAUACAAGAAUUAAAGGGAAAAAUGUCUUCAGAAAAAGAAGAAUAUGAUCAAGAAAUUAAAAGAUUAAGAGAUUUAUUGGCUAAUAUUAAAUGCGGCUCAACGGAAAUUAUGGAAUUGAAAAAUGAACUUGAAGCCAAAUAUUCUAAAGAAGUAGAGGAACUAAGGACAUACUUUGAGAAAAAAUGCUCAGACCUAGAAAAAAAUUAUUCAGAGGAAAUUUUCAGUCAGCAUAGUCGUAAAAUGUCCGGCAGCUCAAUCUCAGAAAAUGAACUCAAUUCAGAUGUGUUCUUCACCCCAGCCCCUGGACCAGGAGGAGACGUUCCAAACCCCUUCCUUACCAAAAAAGACAUUUUAAAACUAAAAAGUGAGCUCGAAAACAUGUUAGAUACGAUCUCUAAUUGUGACUUGGAAACCCUCAACGACGACGAUUUGAAAAGAUUACGCGAGGACUUCAAGAAAUGUCCUAUCAACAACGUGAUCCGCUACGAUUUGACCAAUAUCCGAUUGGAUUUGCAGAACAAGUACCACGCAGAAUUGGAGAUCAUGAACGAACAACACGAGAACACGAUCGACAUGAUGAACGUGGAGUUUGAAAAGAAGUUGAAGGAGACGGAGGAAGAAUUGAUGAAGGUCAAAUCACAAGUUCAAGUUUACAACGUGUCAUCAUCGGUUCAGGAAGUGGCGAGCUCGGGAGAGUUCGAGAUUAACGAGGUCGUGGAGAGUUACGAGAGACGUUUACAGGAGCAGGUAACCUUGGCCAAAAUCGACAUCAUCUCCGCUUUGGAGAAUCAAAUACAGCGUUUGGUGGCGAACGAAGCGGAGGAUGAGGCGUGGCCUUCGGAACUGUUGCAGCUUCGCGAUCGCUUCACUGACAAAUACGAAAGACAAAUCUCACAACUCCGUGACGAACACGAGUCAGAAGUGGCUAAACUAAAGGAGGAACAUCUUAAGCAAUUAAACAGCGCGUUAGAACGCGCAAGAAGGCGAAGCUUGAGAGACAGCGACAAUCUUAACAAAGGCGAACUUGAGCUGUUAAAAGAACGAGAUGUGCUCAAAAACCAAACAGUUUCCCUGCGACAUUUAUUAGGAGAGUUGCUUAAGUACUUCACGGAGUGCGAGGACGAAUUGAACAACACUCUUGUGGAUGAAUUGUUGAAGCAAGGCUUUGAAAGGAAUUUGACUCAACUAGAGGAAGAACUGUUAAACGAUUCGUCGAACUCGAGCAGGACCGAUAGCAGUUACGUGAGACGUGUACACAUCACUCCGAAUUUCGGCGACAUUCUUAAUCUGAUUGAAAACAAAGCCGGUCAGUAUGAAUCCGUUGAUGUGAUCUCGCUGGAUCUGCGCAACGAAUUGGGCCAAUGUCUGGAGAAGUUGAAACAAGACGCCAACGCCAUCCUCGCCCUUACUUCAAUUCCCAGGGAUGAGAAAAUUGACAAUUCACCUAGGAAAACUCUAGAGGAGAAAGUCACGUCGUUAACCAGACAGUUGAUAAGCGAGACUCAGGCAAAGGACAAACUCAAGGACGAGCUUGAAGAGAUGACCAGCGUUCUGCAGUCGAUAGAGAAAGAGAAGGACAAUCUUGAGGCUCAGCUCGAGCAAAUCGUGCUCAAGGACAACGUGUUGGAGGAGGAGCUCGUUAAGGCAAGGGACAAAAUAGCUGAAUUGAUCGAAAAUGGGCAUAAAGAAAUCGUUUCUGUUGGUUACGGCGAUUGUGGACAACAAGGAAUAGGUGAUACGAUGCAGACUUUGCUGGACCUUCAAGACAAAGCAAGAAAUGUUCUAUCCAACUCCAGAACAAGUGCUGAUCCACUUUUACUCGGACUGAUCGAAGAUCUGUGCCAAAUCUGCGAACGGAUCAAAGAAGAGUCGAAGCGGGAAAAAUUAGAUUUGUUGCAGCAGGUAAAUGUUGGUUCCUCAAACAAAUUUAGUAGUGGAAAGAUCGAUGCAGCCGACAAGAAAUAUCGACAAACACGCCAGUUUUUGGACGAGCAGGCAAACGAGCGAGAAAUCGAACGGGACGAGGCUCAGAAGCGGAUCGAGUUGUUACAGGAGCAGCUCAAAGAACGCGACAGAGAUCGUACCACCUGUGAAAGAAUCACCACCGAGGAGACUAACAACAAAUGCAACAACUGUAGCUGCACUGAACUAAUCGUGGAACAACUCGAGGCUCAGAUCCAGGAACUGACGCGGGCCCAGGCAGAAGAGACGAGACGCGCGAAAGAGGCAGAAAGUGAACGCGACGAGGCGGUAGACAAGAUCAAGGUGCUGCGCGAAAUAAUCCGCGAGCUUGAGCUCCAAGUGGAAAACUACCAGACGGAGAGGGUGAACCAUUUAGCGGACAUCGACAAGCUGAAAUGUAUAGUCGGCGACCAGAACCAGUCUAUUGACGACCUCAAACAUCUCGAAUCAUUGGUCGGUUUUUCAGAUAUCCAGCAACUGAAGCGGCACCUCGACGACGUCGACGCCGAAUUGGAGCGUUUGAGACUGAGCGCUGAGUUGGCAGGCGGCGAGGGUGCCCAGAAACAAAUCAAAAAACAGCUGCACGAGCUUGAGGUCACGCUAGACACGAAAACGCGUGGCUUGGAAGGGCUCUAUUGUUCGAACAACAGUUUCAGCUCGCCGAGCGAGGACAUAUCGGCCAGGGAUGUGGUGAGGCCGCGCACCCCGAACGGCAUGGUCAUGGAUGAUUGUGAGGUGCCGCUCCAACAGCUCGCCAGGCUGAAGGAAAAGCUGGUGAGGCAUUCGCGGGCUGAAGAUGCGGCGGUUAAGAAGAUACACGAUCUAGAAAUGCAAUUGUUCAACGUGCGUGCGGAACUGGAGGAAGCACAGGGCGAGAGGGAUAUUCUGAAGCAGCAGGUGCAGGAACAUCUGGUGUUGAUUUCCGACUUGCAAAUCAGGCUGGAUGAACAACGUCUAAGAGCGGAGCACAACGAGAAACAAGUAAACACGUCCUUAGAAGUUAAGAUCUACGAUUUGCAAACGGAAAUUACUAAUUUGCAUGAAAUUAUACAGAAAAAGGAAAAGAAUAUCAACCAGCUGAAUAUGAAUUUGGAAGAAACGAAACGCCACCUUAAAAAACAGGAAAAAGAACUGAUGGACAAUAAGGAAGACGAAAUUAUAACGUCAAUGCAACGAGAAAUAGAGCGUUUGCGACAAGAAAAUAAUCAGAUGAAAAAGAAAAUGAACAAUGAUGCCCAAAUCUUACCAAAUCUCGUUGAGAACAUAAUCUCAGACAAAAACACCGACAUAGAAAAGCUCCAGGACAAAUUGGAAGACACGCAACGCAAACUGCAAGAAUACACAUCUUUGAGCUUAGACCUAAAAGAAUUGCAAACGUUGUCGCAUUUAAAAAAUUCCGGCAAUUCGCUAACGGAGGUUUUAACAUUGAUUGAUUUGUCCGAACCGGAACAAAUGCGGGCUUGUCAGAGCAGAGAAGACACGACUCCGAUGCGAUACAAUCGAACCAAAAAUGAAACGGUGUUCUUGAGUGCGGAGCCCGAAAUAUCCUGUAUUGAAAAAGUCGGCCCGCCUAACGUUAACUUCUCAGCUCAAGGUUUGAGACCUAAUUCAACGGAACUGUACAAAUCUUUAGAGAAAAGGGUGCAUUUUGAGGAUGACAGUAUCAAGCGGCUUAAUAUUGAAAUUGAGGCGCUCAAAAACGAAUUGGAGAUAAAAGAUGGCGUAAUAAAGGACUGCGAGGAUAAAAUUCAAAUAUUAGUGGACUUGGAGAAUAAAAUUGAGAUGCUACAAACUGCUCUUGAUACUACGGAAAAAGCGUUGAAAGGUGCUCAAGAAUCGUUUGAAAGGGAACAAAAGGAGAUUUUAGAUCGUGAGCAGAACAUUCGUGUCGAAUUGGCCGAGAAGAAGUUGCACUUGUCUGAAAAAGAAAAACAAAUUUCGCUCCUAGAAAAAGAUUCAGAAAGGAAGGACCAGAUGCUGCUGAAUUUGACGAGAGAGAAAAACGAUUUGGAAAAAGCCAUGGCUGAAUUGAAGAAUGAAAACUUUAAGAACGUUGAUAAAGUAAUCAAUGAGAAGAACGAAGAGAUUUAUAAGCUGCAACAAGAGGUAGAACAAUCGAGCAAUUCCGAAUUAAUAACAAACUUGCAAUGUGAAAUCGAUAAUUUGGUUAAAAAAUUAAGUGACAGUCAAAAAGAUACAACUAUCUUGCAAGACAGACUCAAAUAUUUAGAAGAACAACUUAAAGAAUCAUCCGAAACGAAUGCCAAACUUGAAAAAGAAUUACGCAACAAUAUCGCUAAGGUUGAAGAGUAUAAAUCCGAAUGCGAAUCGAAGUCGAAAAAACUGGAGCGCAACAAACAAUUAAUAAAAGAUUUAGAAGAUCGAAUUAAAGAUCAGGACACAAUGGUAAAGAAUUUAAGGCAACAGAAUCAAUUGCACGCGGACCAAAUUUUGGACAAAAACUGUGAAAUCGAAAUAUUAAACGAGGACAUAAAACGAUUCCAAAUGGAUUAUGAUGAAAUCAAACGCAUGGCUGUUUCUACAGAAGCACAGGAUCUGAGAAAAACCCUCGGGGAAAAAGAAUUGAUUGUUAACAACUUGAUGAAGAAAAUUGAAGAGUUGAAUCAAGAAGUAACACAUUUACAAGAUUUGGUUAAUAACAAGGAGAAAAUUAUUAGUAAAAUCACUGAAGAUCAUCGAAUUGUCAACACUAACCUGUUAACGAUACAGAAAAAGCUCAAACAACCGGGUGGUAUUAUGGAUUUACGUCAACGGCUACGCGAAGAACACAAACAAAAAACAGAACUGCUUCAAGAGAUUCAUACGCUGAAAGCCCAACUGAUGACAAGCGAAAUUACUCGCAAAAAUAACGUUAUGGUUAAUUCCGUUGACGAUCUAACAUCUCAAGUCAAAAAGGAAUUAGAUUUUGCAGCGGAAAUCGACACGAACAUAUUAACCGCUGUUUCCGACCAAAGUUUGAACUCAAUCUCUGAGAGCCAUGACAUCGAAACGUACAAACAAAAUUUACAACGAUUGAAAAUCAAGAACAACGAACUGAAACAAGCAAAAGACAGUCUAAUGGCAACCAUCCAGGAACUGGAGGUGAAAUGUGAUCAACUAAACGCAGAAAAACUGACCGCCGAAUCUAAACUAGAACAAUAUUAUCACAAUUUGCGACAAGUCCAGUUCGAAGACGCCAAACUGCUGGAACAGUUGAGGAUCAGACUGGACGCUGCAAUGGACAACGAGGAGAAAUUUGGCAAGAUAAUCGAGGAGGAAAAACAAAUCAGGUUAGGAUUGGAGGCGGAAUUGGAUAAUCUACGACUAAAACAAACUAAUUCGAAAACCGAAUCGACUGAGUACAAAAAUCUGCCGAAUUUCGAGGACAGGUUAAAGGAGGAAUUAAAACGUGAACGUGAGAAAAGUGAUAAAUUGAAGCAGAACAUUAGGCAGUCGGAGAAAUUGAGGAAGGAGUUAGAUAAUAAUUUCAAUUACGCUACACAAAUGUUGGAAUUAGAACAGGGGAGGAUUAAAGUGUUGGAGGAGAAGAAUAAGACUUAUUUGGAGAGUGUAACCGUAUUAAAGAACGAACUAAGGAGGGAGAAGAUGUUGAUGAGCGAAAAGGUUUGGCAAUUGGAGGAGUUGAAGAAAACUAUUAGUGAGUUACAGAGAGAAAGAGAGAAUUUGAUACAAGAAAAGAACAAUCUUGUUUUGGAGUCAGCACACAAUAGCAAGCUAAUAACUGAUCAGGUACCUGAAGUGGUUAUGAACAAAAUUAAAGAAAUCAACUGUCAACUAGAAAACAACAGAACUCUAGUUGACAUGAUUAAUACACUAAGAAUAGAAAAAAAUCAACUGGAAGUCGAAUUAGCCGAAAUCAAAUCAAAAAAUCCAAAUGCAACAGAAAACUUAAAUCUUCAAACAAAGUGCGAAUUAAUGUUUGCUAAAGUCUUAAGAUUGAUGAGUUACCGCAAGGCGUUAUUGUGGCAAAAAAGAUAUCUGAUGGAUAUAGUCAAAAACCACGAAACAAUAUGCAGGGUAGAACUGUUCGCCAGCUUAAGAAGCGGAAGAAAUACACAUCGUAACCGCAAGUUCAAAGCUGUUGUAGAUGUAGUGAUAGUUAUUUUGCGAAUGAAAUUCCUAGUGAGAAGAUGGAAUUCGGGCGUGCGGGCUGGAGGGAAAAUCAACGGCAGGAUGGCGGAACAAGUGCAUGUACAGGCCGUUUUCCAAGUUGGUCAACCCGUGUCCAGUCAAAGGUUCGCCAACAAUACGGCCUUUCGAUUGGACGAAGAAGCUGCAGGGUCAGUAAGGGUUGAGAGUCCUGUUAGCAUACCGUGGUCUGGUCGUACUCCUCCGCAAAAAGACAAACGCGUCAAAAUUGGGAACAAUCUUUUGGAUUUCAAUGAUUUUACGCCAUUGAGGGCGCCGCAGUUAUUGGCACAGUUUACUGAAAGAAUUGACACUAUUCAGGAAACUUUGGGCGUCGCUCUAAAUUCUAAUACCGAUUGAUUUGAUUUACCAUUAAGCCAAAAAUGAUAUAUUCCGAGGUUGCAUUUACGUAUCUAGUCGGUUCAGCUUGAGGGUAAUACUGUUAAUUAAGUUUAUACUGUAUAUAAUCACACGGUGUGCCUUUUGUAUUAAGAUUAAAGUGCCAUUCACAUAAAUUAGAGAUAUUUAUUUGUUUUUUAUAGGAUGUAAUGUUUUUUGUACUUAUUGUUACCGCACAUUAAAGUUUCUUUUCAUUAA